AUGCUACCUGCCAGCCUAGCUACAGAACUGGACAUUAGUCAAGAAGAGAUGGACUUUUCUGCAGAGGACAUAUAUUCUGUUUGUCCUGGUUGCACCCGCGUCCGAUUCACAGCCGCACUUGUCCGCAGCGCCAUCGCCCACAUUUCCAACAUCUCAGUCGUUGAAGGACACGAGUUACAGAACGUCUGGUUCCGGAUGCAUCACUUAGACAAGGCCAUGGACAGGGUUGAGGAACGGUUUGGCGGCGACACAACACCGCCGGAGCUGGGAUCCCCCAAACAUAAUGUUAUGUGGGUUAUCAACGUGUGCCUGGAUACCCUGAGCUAUAUUAUCACGGCUUUGAAUGCGUACGGCUACAGGUUACAGGCGGAAACACAGCAUCACUUCUCGGUCUUUCGUCAUCAGCUUGACAACAUCCUUACCAUCAUUGUGGCGAUCAUCAAAGCGCCAGUUCCGCUCCUGAAGCCUGAAGUUCCACUCCUGAAUGCUAAGGAUUGUCACGAGGGCAUGAAAUUGCCCAGUGACCCUUUGUCGUCUCCCCAGCUAUCGCAGGCAAGAGAGGGACUAGAUGGUGAGGAGUUGUCCGAAUCACCAGCACUUACACUGGACUACGACCAACCAUCCCCUGCCAGCGGAUUUCAGACGCAAAAGGGGCCAGAAAAUGUUCAUUCCUCAUCGCCGUCUUGGCUAGAGUCCCACGAUGAAUCAUGGACGUUUAAAAUGGUCCAAACAUCUUCUUGCAACGGCUCUUCUAAGAGCUAG